AUGGCAAGAAACUGGCAGAAACUGGUAGCUGGUAAGCGCAAGAGGAUAUCGUGCAAAAGAGAGGACGUGGACAUGUAUUCUUCGGCGGCGAACAAGGGCCAUUUCGUAGUUUACAGUACAGAUCAUAAGCGAUUCGUGGUUCCCCUCAAGUAUCUCAAAAGCAACGUCUUCAAGGAGCUGCUCGAAUGGUCCGAGGAAGAGUUUGGACUGGCUUCCAGCGGACCUCUUUUGUUACCUUGUGAAAGCGUCGUCUUGGAGUAUGUAAUCUCGUUGGUAAAGGAAAGAGUCCCAGAAGAUGUACAGAAGGUUUUAAUCGCUUCUAGGGCUACAUGUCAUAGCCAUGCAUCAUCUCUUGCUCCAACACCCCCACAAGCCAUAAUCCACGGCUAUUAG